CACGAACUCAGAGAGUGAUAAAGGGUCCCCUGUCCUCCUCCGCCAGAGGGCAUAUUUUAGAGGCUCGCCAACCGACUUCUUCAGAGCAUCUGCUGGUAUCGUCGCGUCAUGUACAGCAUCCUUUUAUUGUGCCUGGCGGCGCCUGUCGUCACGACUACUGGCUCAUCCCAUACAGUACUUGAGGAGGCGGAAAGAAUUUACAGCGAAGGUGAACAUGUCACUGUGGAAGUUGCUCAAGGAAAGAUCGUCGGACAAGUGAAAACCCAGUCUGGUUACUCGUACCUUUCUUUCCAAGGGAUUCCCUUCGCUAAGCCACCAACGGGAAAGAGGAGGUUCAAGGAUCCUGAACCGUCCGAUCCGUGGGGUGGAUAUCUCUAUGCCACAGCUGCCACACCACCCUGCCCUCAGCUUGUCUUCAUGGGCAAUGAAGAUUGUCUUUACCUCAACAUAUACUCUCCGCUUAACAGCAUCGAUGGGCAGAACCCUUUGCCAGUGAUGUUCUUCAUUCACGGCGGCGCCUUUGUUGUAGGCGGCGCUAGUUCCUACCGGGGAGUUCAUCCUCUCUUGAGACAUGGAGUCAUCUUGGUUACAAUCGACUACCGACUUGGAGUCUUAGGGUUCCUUUCUACCGAAGACGACGCUGCUCCUGGUAACAUGGGCAUGAAAGACCAGACGCUUGCCCUCCGCUGGGUUAACGAGAACAUUGAGGCUUUCGGUGGCGACAGGAAGAGGAUCACCAUUUUUGGAGAGAGCGCCGGAGCUGCUUCGGUCCAUUAUCAGCUCUUAUCACCGUCAUCAGCUGGUCUCUUCAGCGGUGCUAUUAUGCAAAGCGGAUCUGCAUUUGCCCCAUGGAGUAGAGGAAGGAACUUCAGGAGGGCUGCUGAGGACAUUGCAAAGAGCUUUCACUGUCCAACUGAGUCCAGCGAUGAGAUGAUUGCAUGUCUGCAAGAACCAUACUUCAGACUUAUUGAUGAGAUGUACGCGCAGUUCAUUGAUUUCAAUUUCCAGCCCUUCUAUUUCGCUCCUCGUGUGGAUGGAGAUUUCAUUCCUGCCGACCCCGUUCAGCUAGUCAAGGAGGGGCGAUACCAUCACGUGCCCAUCAUGAUGGGCAUCAACAGAGAUGAAGGAUCCCUGGUUUCAGGAGAAAUGUACUGGGAUAAAGCUAUAAUCAAAGAACUGGUGAAACAUUUCGACAAAUAUGGACCUCCUAGCUUGGAACUCCACCCUGAUGAAGACCCCAUCAACACUUCUACAGUCGUAUACGAUUACUAUCUCGGAGGCGUCAAUUUUGAGUAUAAAAAUGCUGACAAUGCAACAAAGCUAUACGGCGACCGACUAUUCAACAUGCCACUUGACUGGCUGACGCAAAUGAUGGGAGAUGAUGAUGAGGUUUACAGGUGGGAACUCAGACACAAGGGUGAAAACAGCGUUCUUAACUUCUUCCCGGGGCUGGAUGACAGCCUGAGAUCUCGAUGGAUUUGCCAUGGAGAUGAACUGAAUUACAUUUUCCAUCCUGGGUUCUUCGGUACUCCGUCCACUGCAGAAGACGUACUCGUUAGUGAAUUGUACUUGAAGAUGUGGACAAACUUCGCCAAAACGAGGAACCCCACACCUGACGACUCCUUGGGAUUCACUUGGGAGAAGACCAAUGGGAAAGACAUGAGGAAACUGAUACUAACAUCAGAGCUUCCUCUGCAGAUGGAAGAGGACGCCAGAGCCGUGGACAGAGCCUUCUGGGAGUCCCUUCCCCUGAGAAUAAAUGCGCUGUUGAAAACUUGAUUCAGUGAUUCGAUUGAAUGCUUUAGCCAUAUAUAUAUAUAUAUAUAUAUAUAUAUAUAUAUAUACAUAUAUAUAUAUAUAUAUAUAUAUAUAUAUAUAUAUAUAUAUAUAUAUAUAGGCGGCAUAGCAUCUGUGAUCAGUACUUGUUGAAAAUAAUUUAUUGCACUCCUAGAGCUCUAUGAUUGAGCGGAGAGAUUUUAUGUCCUCUCAUAUGGCGCUUUUUUGUUAACCUGGAAAUCGAAAUUGGCUCAGGGGCUGUCUUCAUUACAAGGUUUAGUUGCUUAAGGUAAUGCUACUACUGCUUUUAAACCCCUUCAUUGAUCAAACUUUGAUCAAUUCUUUGUGCUUAUUUAUUGACAUUUGUCUGUAUAGUUAUGCAUUCUUUUUCUUUCUCAGGGAAAUUUCAAAUCAAUAAUGUAUUAUUUGAUAAAAGGGCUGUAACAACAAAGUUAUUUAAAAUAACUUAACUCCGAUAUGCUGAUUAAAAAGUUUAUCCCAGUUGGAUCAUAAAUUGUGAGGGCAGGUAGGAGUGUCCUCAGAAUUUUAGUACCUUCAACAUUAAACUGAGGAGGGCAUAAGAUCAUUGGCUACGUCAUGCUCUUCAUCUGUCAGGUAGGACGAACAGUAUAAAUAUGAAUAAAAAUGUAUAAUAAAAAAAUGAAAGAAAAUACUGUUAAAACAAUCGGGCAGCUGUAUUUAAUAUUAUCGGGUCCUUGACCUGUGCUAUCAGCAGAAACAUCUUGGAAAUAACGAGGUGAUAUUUUUUCCCUCGAAAGAAAAUCCAGAGAUAUUUGCAUCAGAGCUAAUUGUGUCAUUUGCUUUGUGAAAAUGUAUUUCAUUUAGAACUGUGUAAUUGAUAAAAUGGUUUAAG